CAAAAUCUCAUUCCGAUCAAUUAUUGUGCCGCAAGCAAUGAACGCAUCCAUUUCUUCCUCGCGAACCUUAGAUCCUGUGUGUCCUCACUGCUUGUGUUGAAGAGGAGGGAAUGCAGAGCGACAAUGGACUGGUCAAGGUCGCUUCAAACACAAAUACGUCUCCCACACCUCCGGCCUUGACCGAUGCGGCCUCCCAGAAAGCCGAUCUCGUGCGUCAAUUCGCAACUGCAAGCAAUUCUACAGAUGGCGGGCUGAUCGCGCAAUUGAUCAACAACCCCUUCUUCACGGCGGGCUUCGGUCUUGCUGGUCUCGGUACAAUCUUCGCCUUCGGUCGAAGAGGUCUUCGACAUGGAGCUGCUCUCAUGCGACGCCGUCUUCUCGUCGAUGUCGAGAUCAGUGUCCGGGACGACUCCUACCCUUGGUUUCUCUACUGGAUGACGCUACAUGAGCGAGGUCGAUUGGCGAACAGGGCAUUGUCGCAGGCAAAGGCAGGGCCCUUGGAGACCCUGCUUCAACGACUCACACCAGGCAUGCGCCAUCUGGCCAUCGAGACGGAGAAAAGAGAACUGCCUAAUGGGGCCAUUCACACAAAUUUUGUCUUGAUCCCGGGUCCGGGUAGGCAUAUAAUUCGCUACAGGAAUGCGUGGAUAAUGGUCAACCGCCAAAGAGAGUCAAAGCAGUUCUCCAUGGAUGGAAAGCCGUGGGAAACAGUCACCCUGACCACGCUCUAUUCGCAGCGGCAUGUGUUUGAGUCGCUGUUCAAAGAGGCUCACGAUAUCGCCACUCAAUCGGUCGAAGGCAAAACUGUCAUAUACACCGCAUGGGGCACAAAGUGGGAUAAGUUCGGCCACCCUCGCAGCAAGCGGCCUCUCGAGUCCGUUAUUCUCGACAAGGGUGUCAAAGAACGCAUCGUUGCAGAUGUCCAAGACUUCCUCUCUUCGGCCAAAUGGUACUACGAACGCGGAAUCCCUUACCGGAGAGGCUAUCUUCUCUAUGGUCCACCUGGAACGGGCAAAUCCUCGUUUAUUCAAGCCCUUGCGGGUCACUUAAAUUAUGAUAUCGCAAUGCUCAAUCUCAGCGAGCGUGGUCUGACAGAUGACCGACUUAAUCACCUCUUGACGGUUAUUCCCCAACGCACACUGGUCCUUUUGGAGGAUGUGGACGCGGCAUUUGCCAACCGCCGUCAAAUCGAAGCCGAUGGAUAUCAAGGGGCCAAUGUAACAUUCUCGGGCCUAUUGAACGCCUUGGAUGGCGUGGGUAGCGCCGAAGAGCGCAUUAUUUUCUUGACAACUAACCACGUCGAUCGCCUGGACGAAGCGCUCGUACGGCCUGGACGAGUUGAUAUGACAGUGCGACUUGGUGAAGCCACAGCCUACCAGAUCGAACAACUCUGGGCGCGCUUCUACAGCGAUGCCGAUCCAGAGGGAAAGUUUAGACAGGAGUUCUUUGAGAAACUCUGCGAAAUUGGAGUCUUGCCUCCUGGGCCUGCAAGAAGCAGUCGGACGAGCAUGGCGGCCCUACAAGGACUGUUUCUGUACAACAAGGGAAAUCCUCGUGGAGCCAUUGAUAUGGCAUGGCAGUUGGCGCCGGGCGAAUUACCCAGCGCUUUGAACAAGGACAGUCAGGCGCAUGUAGCGGCGUCUUGACGGAACGGCCUGCAGUUCAACAAUACUGCAGACAGACAAGGCUGUGAACCAGCUCAUGAGGUUGUGUCACUGUGUAUCUAUAUUAUUGUUAUAUCUCAUCUAUUCCCCCAAAAAGGUGGCUGUGCAGGUGGCGCCCCUCAGCCUCUCUUGGCCUCCCUAGCUUAGUUAGUGAGGCUGAGUCCAACUCGUUCUCAAUCCUCC